ACUCCUCGUCUCCCCCAAAACUCGUGGCGAAUCACGCGCAGAUUCGCUCCGCCGGAGCGCGCAGACGUCGCAUCCAUGGCCGCCGCCGCGUUCUCCAUCAGGGGGUUCGCGGCGAGCAAGAGGGGCGAACAAGCGGCGGAGGGGCGGCGUCCCCUGGGCAUCAAGGCUCUCCCUCCUAUCGAGGCACCCAAGUUCCGGUGGUGGGAGAACGAGCUCGCCUCCGCCGUAGCUGCUGCUGCGGCGCCAUCCCCGCGGAGGUCGCCAAAAGCGAAGCCGCCGAAGAAGAAGAAGCGGUCCAUCUCCGACCUCUUCGCCGCGGCGCCUCCUUUGCCCGAGCCCCCCUCCGACGAGAGCGGAGGCGGCGAGCAAACGGAGGUGGAGGACGACGAGGCGCUGCUGGCGAUCGUGAGGCGGGCCAAGGAGGAGAAGAGGCGGAAGAGGAAACGGCUAGAGGAGGAAGAGGAGGCGGCGGCUGCGUCGCCGGAGGGCAGCGGAGGUCAUGAGACCGAGAGGAAUUUCGAGGCAAGAAAGGAAGCUCUGGAAAAUCCAAAUUUGCCUGAUGGAUUUGGUACACAGCCAUCGGAGAACCCUGAAGCUUUACAACGUCUCAGAAAAGAGAUGGAAAAUAUAUCUAGGAAGAGGAAGCAGGAGAAGCAUAAUACAAAGAAGGUUGACACAGUUAAAUGCAUUGACAGUAAUAAGGCUGACAAAGUGCGGAAACCAGGAGACCUGGGAAAACAUCUCCCUAGGCAAAGCAUACUGAAGAUAAAGCGCACAUCUGUCAAAAUGGUCAAGGAGAAACAUGGCAAUUCAAAAGGCAAGGAAGUGAUAGAACUCUGCCGCAAAUCAGUGAAGCAAGUCAAAUUCUCAGAAGCAGAUGAUAUACUUGGCAGUGAUAUGCAAAGUUGUGAGUUACCCAAACAGCGAAGUCUCAGCAAGCUGUUUUCAGCUGCUAUGGCUUCUUUAUCGUCGUCAUCAUCAUCAUCCAUGUCUACUGAAGGAGACAAAUGCAUAACUACAGAGAGUAGUAGUUUUCAUAUGCCCAAGGAAGCUGUCACUACGACUAAAGAAGCAAAUCUGUGUUCAAAUCAUGAGGAUUCUCCUACUGAAGGAGAAAAAUGCACAACUGCAGAAAGUUGUAGUUCUCAUAUGCUGGAGGAAGCCGUCGCUAAGACUAAAGAAGCAAAUCUGAAUCCAAAUCAUGAGGAUUCUCCUAAGCCUAGUAACACAGAACUGUCCUCUCAUUUGCUUGAUCUGAAUCAGGAGGCACUACCAGAAACUACAGAUCUAAACUACACAUAUAAUUCAAAUUCUGAGGUACCAUAUCUGCCUAAUGGGAGAGAAAACCGGAGGAAUGUUUCUUUUGAUUCACACAGACUGGCAAACCAACAACCUACCGCUGACUCGGAAAGUGUAAGGAACACAAGGUUGGCAGGCACAUUAUUGCGAGCUGAUCAAGUCGAAGUUUCUGGCAUAGAUAUAGUUGGUCCUCCAUUGAGCUUAAGAGAGCUUGGUGAGACUCAGCGUGACUAUAGUAAUUUCUCAGUAAAAGAUACUCUGACUACGUGUAUGUCCCCUUGUGCAUUGUCAGACCAUAGAUUUCAGGAUUCAUUUCAACAGCACCAGAAUGGGUUCCACACAAAUCUGAAUUAUGGUGGCUCCCAGCUUUCUACCAGCGGGAAAUUUCCUCCAUUGAGCUUAACAGAGCUUGGUCAGACUCAUCGUGACUCUUUUCAACAGCACCAGAAUGGGUUGCACACUAAUCUGAAUCAUGGUGACUCCCAGCUUUCUACGGGCGGGAGACUUCCUUCUAGGUCAUCUCGUGAGUUGAACAUGCAGCGUGAAUGUAGUCCUUCUAUGGGACAAACACUUCGUUUGAUGGGUAAAGAUCUUGCAGUUUGCACAACCAGAGGUGAAACGUCUGCCGACACUAGAGAGAAAUAUACAGGUACAUCCACCAAUGAUCAUUGGAAGACAAAUGCUGUCCUGGAGUUGCCGCGUCAAGGACAGCCUUUUCUCUCUUUACAAGCUCAAAGUUUCCCCAGUCUUACAGUAAAUUCUACCAGUACAAUGCAUGCUUCAACAUAUCAUUCAAGCAAAAGUAAGGCACAUUUUGGAUACAGGACUCCACAUGAUUUCAGUCAUCCAAUCCCUGCAGCUAAUGUAUUUUCUGGAGAUCGGUCGCCAUAUGAAAACAGGUUGGGCAAUUUUCCAAGCUCGCAUCCCAGUCAGCCUUUCCUAUUGGGGUGUCCACCUCUUCCCAAUAACUGCAGUGCAGCACAACAUCAUAAUUCGCUGCCUCCUUGGGGUUAUUACUCUGAUCCCAUCAAUAGGACAGAAUCACCUAGAGCACAAUUUUGGCCUACAACCAGACAGCAUGGGACACCAUCUUCAGUUUUACAUGGGAGUUUUCCCCAGCAACAUAUUGUGCAUCCAGCAAGCUCAUCAGCUCGCCCUCUUAACUAUGUGAAUUCUACAUUCAGCCAUCCAGCCCGGGUAGUUCAAGAAGCUUCUAAUAGCAUAAGAGAUGCAGCCCAUUCAUCCAGAUAUUCAGAAAACAGAACAGGUAGUGAUGUUCCUGGCAGUUCCAAUUCUUCAUAUGUUGGUCGCUAUGCGCAGAAGAGAUCAGGACCGGUGAGACUCACUCCCGGGGCGAAGCAUAUGUUGGUGCCAAGCGAUAGCAGCACGGGUGAUGGCAACUCUGUGCCUGUGUACUCCUGUGUUUCCUUUGGUAGUAGGAGCGGGAAUGCUGCGCCAUCUCAGAACAAAGGAGCAUGAUAGCCGUUGUGGAAAUUUUGGUCGGUGGCAGGUGCAUGAAUCCACAAACAUCAGCGCUGCUUUUAUUCAAAUUCAUUCUUCUAGCUCUCGCCUCCUGAAAAAUGUUCACUGCAUUUUUGUGCGUGUAAACCUAGAUUGACUAUACUGUAAGGAAUGGUUGUGAUACUUCAGAUGCUUUGUUUGCUUGCUUAGCAGUUAUUUCGUCAGUCGAACCUGAAUCUGUCAUGGCUGUUGUAGCCUAAACCAUGUGCUCUGUUAUUUUUCGUAUUGCUGUUACUCUUGGUCUGGAAGCUAAAUGGCUGUUACUGGCUGAAAA